CUCUAUCUGAUUGAAGCAAUCAUCAUUUGCUUGACGCGUCUUCUCCCACUUCUUCCGGCUGACUCGGAAACACAUCAACCAUUGUUCUGGGUUGCUCUCGGGGUGCUCCAACUGGAUGAGGUUUCUUUAUACGCUGCCGGUUUGGCUUUGCUGGAGCAAAAUUUGCUGACCUUGGAUCAGCAUGGCACAUUUGAUCGCGAUGGAUUCCGACAUCCAGCACCGAAGACUGUGGCCCGAACUAUUCGUGUCCUAAACACUUUACUGGGUAUUGUUGCCAAACCCACAAAUCGUGACAAAUACCAAGUGACAAAAGAUAGUGUAGCCUAUUUGGCUGCAUUGCUGCCGGUGUCUGAUGAAGUACGCAAGCGCUGUCGUCUCAAGUUUCGUGUUCCGGGUACGCUAGCUGGACCGAGUGAACAACCCCAUACUGGGCAGCAUUCAUUCAACAUGCAGCCUUCUGCGAUGUGCGUCAAUACUGCUGUUGGUGGACCACCAUCUAAAGGCGUUUCUACAACUGCCAGUGGAGAUUGGUGUGGUUCCACGGAGAGCCUGCAGGAUGUCUUACUUCCCGGCCAAACCGGUCGCCUUGCCCAUGGUGCUCAGCGUUCCGGUGCUGCCGUCAGUGGAUUUCUUCGUGCGCUAUUACCUAACGCCAUGAAUCCAAACGUUCUGACCGGUCGAUUUGCUCGCGCACGACCUGAAAAUGUAAGCAAUUUGAACUGGUCAUCGAACAUCCCGAAUUGGGAUCGAUCCUUGGGUUCUUCCUUCGACUAUCAAAAUCAGUCAGUUCGAUCGGGCUUUGGUCGCGGAAUGACUGCAACCGGAGAUGUGCCUCACGCCACACAGGCUCGAUCACAAGUCCAACCGCAAUCUGGAUUAUUGGGUACCACCGAGGGUUCACGAUCUAAGUCGAUCGACUGUUGCUCUUCAAACACGGUGGCCACCUCUACUGUAUCAUCAUCUGGAGAUAAAUCUUCAACACUGCUAUCAGUGACCGGAGCCAAUUCGGGCUCUUCAUCUAACUCCAAUGCCACUAUGAUUACAGUAGCCGCAACCACCACGGCGACUGUCCUUAGUGGUCCUGUAUCGACAGUGGACGAAGCUCAAAGCACUGGACCGAUGCUAAAUUUGCCAGGGAAACCAGGGUCUGACAUCGAACCAUCCUCAUCCCCAUCGUCACAACCGCAGCAGAAAACGCAUGAUAUACUUCCAAGUAGUCAAAUCCUUUUGGACCCUGAGGUACUGGUAGAUGAGGCCACACAGGCAUUAACAAUUGCUGUUCUGACCACUUUGGUUCGCUACACGACCGACGAAAACGAAUCACGUGUGCUGUACGAAUUCCUGGCUGAUGCAUCUAUGGUAUUUCCCCGAGUGUUCCCUGUUAUACACAGUCUACUGGAUUCCAAAAUCAAUUAUGUCCUCACACAUUGUCAUGAUCAGAAAAUUCUCAGUGCUGUGCAAAGCAUCAUUCAGAACAUGAUUUCCAGUGGUGAAACCUCCGUUCAACAACUUCAUUAUCUGCAGAGUAUCGGUUUUGGAGGUCUCUGGCGAUUUUCAGGACAUUUCUCAAAAGCAAAUCAGAAUGCAGAUGCUGCUCAGCUGUUUGUAAACUUCCUCGAAGUUCUACUUGACUCACAUUUACCGGGUGAAGAUCUACGCACUUCCUACACACCAGUCUUGGGCUUGGGCAGUACCAGUCGGGCCGGAAACCUUUCUAGCUCCUCUUCACUUAGCCUUUCCAGUAUUCACGGCUCGCUCAGUGAUCCGGCCCUGAACGGUGCGGAUGAAGAUAGUCCGGUCCCUAUGUCUCCCACGCUCGUCGGUACUUCCUGUGUUACAUCGGCCAGUAAUGAACCGGUGGACAACACUUCGGUUCAUUCACUCGAAUGUUCUCGAUUAACAGAUAAUAUCCAACCCAGACGAGACCUUCCCGGCGCACAGGCACAACAGUUACAGUCGCAAGGAGACCAAGAGCCAUCACAAACCUCAACUGAUGACCCGGAACUAUGCUCUGAACCAAAUGAGACUAUUUUGUACGGUCUUCACAUUAAACAGCUAAAAAAAAGUGCGACCACGGAUCUCACCGAUAUCACAAAUCCUUUGCAUCGUGAUUUACAUGCGUAUCGCUCACAUUCAUCCCCAUGCGCAACCUCACUGUCUCUUACAUAG